CUUGUAUUAUAAAUUCAGAUGCUUCACCAGCACAACAUAAUUCAACUCUGAUUCUCGUCUUCUUUCCAAAAAGUUAUUUUAUAUUUGCUAGGUUGAUGGUUUUGACUGCAGAUUUUGGCUAGCUACAAGAUUUUGUUCUGUACAUAUUUUCAAUGUAGGUUUAUUUUACAUGUUUUGAAAUAACAUUCUAUUGUCAAUCUGCUCUCUUGAAAACAUCUAAUUUUCAAUGAUCAUCAUCCAUUGUCUGUGCAGGUCAUUUGUAUGCUGUUUCAUUAAUGAUUGUAAUUUCUCUUUAUUUAGAGGUGCUAAUUUGGACAUUUUUAACUGUUAAAUAUUUGAUGUUAAUAUCUGUUAUCCAUGGGUAAUUUAUCUCAUUUUAAAACAAUUGUAUUGGCUGGUUACAUUGAUAUUGGGAAUAUUAAGUAUUUAUGUUUCAUUGUUUUGAUCCUGCUGUUUGUUGCAAUCAUAGUAGCAAAUCAAUUAAUUAUUGGAAUUAUAUGUAAGGAGAAGUCCCUGCAUGAACCUAUGUAUGUUUUUUUAUGCAGUUUGUCUGUAAAUGAACUGUAUGGCUGCAUUGCUUUAUUCCCAUCCCUUCUAAGUAAUAUGCUACUGGCAAAGAUCCCAGAAGUUUCACUCACCCUUUGUCAUGCUCAGAUAUUUGCUUUGUACACUUAUGGAUCAGUAGAAUUCUGUAAUUUAGCAAUCAUGUCUUAUGACAGGUAUGUAGCCAUCUGUUACCCGUUAGAAUAUCACAGAAUCAUGUCUCCUGCCAGGACAGUUACAUUGAUUACUCUGGGGUGGUCAAUAUCAAUUAUCAAAUUCUCUGUUACUUUAUCAGUGAAUGUACAGCUAAAGUUGUGUGGAAAUGUAUUGGACAAAGUAUGGUGUGACAACUACAUGCUUGUGAAACUGGCAUGCUCAGACACCACAGCAAACAACAUUUUUGGCAUAAUUGGUACCACUGUUACUAUUGUUGCUCCUCUGGCAUUAAUUUUGUUCUCAUAUGCAAAAAUUUUAAGAGUCUGUCUAAAGUCCACAAGAGAAAAGUCCCAAAAAGCUCUAAGUACAUGUACUCCCCACAUUGUCUCACUAAUGAAUUUCUCUGUUGGCUGUUCAUUUGAAUUGAUCCAAAGCAGAUUUGAUAAGGUGCCUAUGCCUCCUGUACUACGUGUGAUUCUUUCAAUUUAUUUUCUGAUGUGUCCGCCACUCAUCAAUCCUAUCAUGUAUGGUAUGAGACUUUCUAAAAUAAAAAGGGCACUUAAAAAUUUAAUUUACGCCAGGAGCUAUAUAAAACCUGUAUCAUAAUAGUGUGUAAAACUAUUGUUCAUUGUCACCUUUCAGGUACUAUAGAAAAAUAAGUCAUGUGCUAACUCAUUGUCUACAAAAAACUGUUGUUUGUAUUUGUCCAAAAUAAGAAUAUCUUAUAAGAUUAAGAAUCGGUGAUAAUUAUUUUGAUUGAUGUUUACAUAAUGUGAAAAUAUUAUGUUUAAUAUCUGUUAAAAUGAACAAUUAACUGUCUUAAAUUUUUUCUUUUUCAUUAGAAUAAUAUUGCUUUU